GCGUGUCCGGAACCCCUCCAGCCUCACCGAUCAGUUAAAGGUCUUAGGAGCAAACCUGGGAUUUCCGGGGAAGAAGGAAUUCUGCCUCAAGGCUGUGGCAAAGGGUGUGUGUGUGUGUGUGUGUCUGUGUGUGUCUGUGUGUCUGUGUGUCUGUGUGGGUUAGGGGGCUUGAAUCCUAUUGGCUCUGUGUCUCUGGAGAAUUCAGACUGAUGCACAGACCCAUCUUGGAGACCUGCCCACCAUCUCCCACUUUCCUGCAUAUCUUUCUCAGUCCUGUUUCCCUUCUUUGCAGAAAAAGGCAGUGCAGCUGGUGCCUUCGAAGGACGGAUGUUCCGGAAAACUGGCAAACUCGUGUCACUGAGCAGAACCUGCUGGACUGCUUUUUGUCUCAAGGCAACGAGGGCUGCCAUGGUGGCCUGAUGGAUUAUGCCUUCCAGCAUGUUCGGAACAACGGAGGCCUGGACUCAGAGGAAUCUGAUCCAUAUUGUGCACAGGACGGAUCCUGCGAAUACAUGCCCGACUCUUCUGCUGCCAACGUCACUGGCCUCGUGAACAUCCCUCAGCAGGUGGCGUCCCUUCUGGUGGCCGUGGCAGCUGUGGGGCCCGUCUCUGCUGCUGUCCGCGCAAGCCUGGAUCCCUUCCGGUUCUAUAAAGAAGGCAUUUAUUAUGAUCCAAACUGCAGCAGUGAAGACCUGGAUCACGGUACUCUGGUGGUUGGCUAUGACUCUCAAGGAGAAGAACCCGAGAACCAAAAAUACUGGAAUGUCAAGAACAGGUAUAAAAGCCAAGAAUACUUAUCUUGGAAAUCGCAAAGGAUUUGGAAUCAGUGUUUGGAGACAAGUCGCCCAACCCUUGAGCACACUUCUGAAAUCCCAGAAGUGUUUACCCCACUUGGUUGGAGCACAGACACGUUCACGUGGUGACCACAGUAAGCUGGGGCACGGACCGGGGCACGCAGGGCUACAUGCUGUUGGCCAAGGACCGGGACAACCAGUGUGGAAUCGCCACCAUGGCCCGCUUUCCUGUCGUGUGAGCUGAGGAUGCAAAGAAGGCCUUGAUUGGGGACAGAAUGUCUGGAAAACGAAUUUUAUUUUAAAGCUGACCACACCUUACUGUGUGGCUGAAACACUUGAAUCACUGAAGAUCGCACUUAUGAUUUGAUUCCGUGACUUUCACACUGGAGACAUCGCUACCUCCUUACUCCCUGCUCUAAUCAGCGUUGUGUGAGUCACCUGCUUCAUGACUUCUGAAUUUUCAUGCUUUCAAAGGUUGCAGAAAGUUUCACCUUUUAAAAUAUGGGGCGCCUGUGUGGCUCAGUCAGUUAAGCAUCUGCCUUUGGCUCAGGUCACGAUCUCUGGGUCUUGGGAUUGAG